AUGUCGGACCUGGACAACUUGGUCGGACAGCCUAUAAACAGGGACACCUCCUUCAAUUGGUAUGCUACUUCACCCAUGACAUGGUUCAUUGAAAUUGCGACUUGCGCUUGUUUGGCGCUGUUCUUUCUUUUCUACUUCAAUCGCCUCAUUGCGACACUUGUCUCCUACGGGCUACGAGCGUGGACAUGGCACAAGUACCGAGUCUGGAUUGAUAUACAGGCGUUGCAGCUGUCCUUUCUUGCCGGCCGAAUCUUUUUCAAGGGCAUACGAUACCAUGGAGAAAACGAAACGAUACUGAUCCAGAAUGGGUACGUCACCUGGAGGUACUGGCAACGAACCGCUCGUCAAGUUGAUUUGACGGGCUCGGAUCAUGGUGAUGAUGACCUACUGAAAGAGAAGGAAGCCUGCGAUUCAGAUGAUUCAGAAAAGUCGGAGCCACUGGCAGACCAAGAACUGGGCCGGUCACAAAAAGCUGAUACUGCCGACGCUCGAAUUGCAAUAAAUGUCACAGGGUUAGAAUGGUUUGUCUACAACAGAACGCCAGUAUAUGAGGCCAUUGUGAAUGACACCACCGCUUCCGGUUCGUACGAUCUAGAUGAGAAAUGCCAUGUAAAUGGCCACUGGCAAGGGGCGUUCCAUGCGAAGAUUCGACGUCGUAAGCAUGCUAAAGGACGGCAAUCCGAGGUCGGUCUUGACAGCGACUCAUCUACAGGACCGCCGACGGAGAAAACAGAUGGUAUUGUCACUCGUGAUGAACUGAAUGUACCUCUUAGUCACAUCAACACCGAUAUCACUGUGGACACGGAUGCUGACCUCCCAGCAACCCAAGUAUCCUCCUUCUAUCCGUUUUUGCUACGAUUUUUGCCAGUUAAAGUGGAAGUGUCAAAAGGUGCUAUUACCCUUGGGAAUGCGACCACGAGAGCAAUUGUUGUCUCUACGUUUACAACUGCACGAGGUCAUAUUGAUGCCGCUGCCGCCGGGCCUUUCGAUAUCUUCCGCCAAGUUUUCGAUUUUUCCAUUGAGCAGCCAAAGGUCGAAAUGAGACCCAAUCCAGACUUCCGCGCGUCGCAGCUUACAACAGCUGAGAGGAUCAUCUCAGCAGCUGAAUCAGAAGCUGGUCGUCGAAGGUGGUGGCAACUCGAUCUCGGCAUCCGUCGUCGACUUGCCAGGGCCAUGCGCCGCGUAAGACAUCUUCUUCCAGGUCUCCGAAGCUCGCGGGGAUCUCUCCGAACCAACACGUCGAUCGACAACGAGAAGAAUAAGCACUACAUCUAUGAGGCAUUUCCCGAGCAAGAUAGAUCAUGGCAUGGUCUUGGCCGGUAUAUGGACGAGGAUGAAAGAGAUGACCACGAGGGUUGGGCCCAUGUUGAUUACGCUCGGUUUUCUCAAAUUUUGGAAUCACCAAACGUCCAUCUGAACUUCUACUGGGAUAUUCCAGGCCAGGUUACUGCCGAACAUGUAGCCUCUUCGAGGGAGGCGCAUUUUCAAGAUAUCAAUUUGUCUACGCCACCUGCCUACGGUCUCGACUUAACUGUCCAGGGAGGAACCGUCAACUACGGCCCAUGGGCCGAUCGCCUGCGACUCGAGCUCCAAUCAGCUUUCUUUCCAAACCCGUACCGAUCUCCUGUCCCAUCAUCUGCACUGAAGGUUGGGAAUACUCGUCAGAAUACAGUGAUGACCAUUCGUGUCGAUCUUGAAGAUGAGGUCAGCCUUCGCGUGCCAACCAGAGAACGUUCAAAAGAUUGGCAGUGGAGGGGACGAGCCCAUGCCGUGAGAGAAGCCGCCGCUAUCCGCAAGCAGCGGGAGAGACGACACUUCCGCUUUCGCCGACCCCAGAAAUCGAAGCUGGGGCCUGAGCUAAGGCCAUUUGGCUGGUUGACCGUCUCUGCAGGGAAAGAUUCAACGGUCCGGUACGACAUGGAUAUGAUCCCAAAUGCGCAAGGCUAUCGAAAUCAAUUGCGACUCGAUCUCAAGGAUACGAAAGCGACUUCCAGUGUCAACCAUGCACUGCUAUGGCGCUGUCGAUCUCAGAAAGUCUCUUGUGACCUUUCCAAUCCGCUUGUGUGGAAUAGCCUGCAUACAUGGGUUUUUAAUAUUGAGAAUAACGCCAUGGAAAUGUUCUUGUUGCGGGAUCAUAUGUUCCUGCUUACGGACAUAAUCAGUGACUUCACGGAUGGCCAGAAACCAGACUACAUGACGUUUGUCCCUUACCUGUACCAGUUACAUCUUCAAUUUCCAGAUUUGAAACUCUAUCUGAACGCGAAUGAUUACAACAUCAUUGACAAUCCGUGCGACUUGGAUGAAAACUCAUUCUUGGUUCUCGGUUUUCAACUCCUCGAUGGACACGUGGAUAUCCCAAUGCAGUACUUUUCACCCCGUCAAAGCAGUGUGAAAUUCCUUGCUGAAGGUCACAACGCUUUCCUCGAUCUCAGUACUCCUGUUUGGCAUACCCUACAUACCCUAGCUGAGGACAAGACCAUGGCGACCCUAAAGCGCCUCGACCUUGAUGGCUCCUAUAAUUACUAUCCCCAAAUAUCGCCAAAAUUGACGGACUCUCUCUUCAUGACAAUAACUGGAUCCAGUCCAAAGUUUUACCUCCAUGGAUACUUGAUCCGAUAUUUUAUGAAUGUGAAAGAGAAUUACUUUGGUGAAGACCUGCACUUCAGAACGCUGGAAGAGUAUCAAGACAUACUUGCGGGAAAUGCAGUCCGGACCCCCCGUCCAGCAACGAAGAAGGAAAACGACCUCGACGUUAUUUUGACCGUCAGGGCCGACAACUCUUCGAUUCUUCUUCCCGCAAACAUUUACUCUCGAAGGGAGAAUGUUCGUGCCGACGUCCUUUUAGUUGAAGCAGACAUGCGAUUCACAAAUUACUAUAUGGAUUUGCAGGUCAAUUCAAGUCCACUAGAAGCGUCACUGGAAACAAUUCGCAAAGUUGAAUCUGGGCCGUCAGAGGACAUCACUAAUUGCCAAUUGUUUAUUGACGGUGCUCACAUCUAUGGCCACCGACUUUUCGGGGCGCCCCCCACAGAACCAGCUUACGUUUGCAACUGGGAUAUCGAUGUUGGAGAGACAACAGGCGAAGUCGAUGCGAAAUUUGUCCAAGUUCUCAUCAAUGCCAUAUCGAGUUUCAUCUAUACGCUGGACGAUUAUGACAAUGCGUUACCCAAAUUGUUCACAACGAAAGUUCACGAUGUUACCUUUUUGAGAGCUGCCGUCGCUGGGCUGCGAAUCUGGCUCGUUGGUGGCGGUGCUGCAUUCCUACUAGAGUCCGACGGAGCAGAUAUCUCUCUGUCCGACUGGGCAAAUGCGAAUUUCGCGCAAAGAGUCCAAGCCAAUAUUCCCCGUGUGCUCCUAGCGGCUGUGGACCAUGCGAGUGCUAUACGACAUCACGGUAGAGAAUCGAAAGCCGUCGAGACCAUUGCCUGCUUCGAAACUGCCCUUCGGAUUGGCUCUCUUGACAAGAGUGACAACCUAAGCCAAACCCGUGCUCUGCAACAACAGCAUGUAAAAUACCAUGACCAACGCAGUCACAGAGCGCAAUGGAUUUUAGGUGCUCAAAGGAACUAUCCACCAAACCACAAGAUUCCUGAAUGGGCUCGCGACCCACCUGCAACGCCGCUCCCGAUGAUGCCGGAACCAGUGGUUGAAACCGAGGCCCCGGACAUAUCAGCAAUAAAUGAUCAAGUCCAUCGAACACAGGCCAUGAACCGCAAACCCUCAUUCCUCUCCACUGCGUCCUCUCUCCAUAAUUACCCUGCUGGUAGCACCACACUCGCGAACAGAUCAGGCCGGGAUCCUAAGCCAAGCCUCUCCCAAACACUUGAUCCCCAGCACCCUUCAACAAUGCUCCAAGGAGACUCCCAAGAGCAAAUUGCCGAAUCUGUCAAGAAUUCUCCGUUCCGAGAAGAUGUUCAUCCAGCGUUGCCUUUUGCUGGGCCCUGGUUGCCACCAUAUUUCACGUUGCGAGAUGUGAAGCCGGAUAAAAAGAACAUGCCCAAAGUAUCGAGAUCAGAACUUACGAAAGCAGCGUCGUUGAUGGCAACCUUUAAUAACGAGGAUCUUCCCAAAUCAGAUGAGUUUGAAGGCGUACCCCACAAUGGUGUCGUCCUCCUGAUUGACAAAGGGCUGACAGGGUUUUGUUCCCCAGCCCUUUUCCUUUGUAUUGGAGGACUGAUACAGGAAUUGAACAAUGGCCAUGCGAUCAACCAUUUGGACAAGAUACAAGUCACACUGAUGGAGAAGAUACUAGAAAGCCAGAGUCAUGACGACAAGGGCCAUGUUGUGGACUUCGCCGUCCAUGUACCAUUUGCGCAUGUAAGACUGCUCAACUCCUUGCAAAACGCCGCACAAGCAACUUCUUGCUCGGAUGACCAGUAUGAUGUGAAACUUCUCGGCACCCAGGCUAUGUAUCGCUCGCUUCAUCCACACCUUGACUUUAGACAAUCAGGCACCUCGGUACCUAGUCAGUCUGCUUAUGCAUCCAUUGAAAAACUUACAGUCUCGGCUAGAGACGAUCUAUUUGCGGAUAGACCGGCGACACAGGCCGAAGUUUCGUUGUCAAAUUUUGGAUUUUGGCUCUAUCUGAAAGAGCAAAUCGACUUCAAGUGCCAGUUGAGCAAUUUUGGUGUUUUCCUUUGGGCCGAACAACUUACGAGUAUGGCGGGGCUCAUACAGAGGACUGUCUCCAUGAUCGACCGGAUCGCUGAGGCUUUCAUUGGGCUGGACCAGAGUCGCAUGUCAAGACACCUAAUCUUUCAUCUCACUCAAGCAGGCUCUUCAAUUUCUGAACCAAUCUUUCUGACCAAACCCUCUUACGUCCUUCGAAGCGCAGACAAGCAUGUACGUCUAACAGACUCAUGGAAGAUUAUGUCUCGUCUCAGAUAUAUCUUUGCCACUCUAGAAAAGGAAAAGGGUCCCAAGUCGAUGAGCAGCUGUGAUUGUCAAGAUCUAGAAUUGAAGGGACCUGCUCUGCAGAGAGUCCUGACCUCAUUUGAGCAAUGGCGAGGUUGGGACUACCGAAGGGAUACCGUCCCAAUUAUGAGCACACUGUUCGAAAAUCAGCGUCCUGAAACAGCACUCAAGCACCCUGGCGGCCUUGCUGCUCAGGGCGAAAUCAUCAUCGGCAAAAUUGAGGUUAUCCUUGAUCCUGGCCCACGGCAGAGCGACUUCACAGUGUUGGGUUUGGACUUUAAUGUUGUUGUAAGCCCUGUGACAGCAUUACCCGGUCUCGAGGAGCGCAGCGAAAAGGUCAUUCUUCAAGCUUAUCUUGCCGAUGCCUCCCUUCAUCUCAACUGGGCCCUAGUGGAGCUGGCUCGUCAGAUCAUUGACUUAGGCAGCCCACUUGCGGUGUUGCCGACCAGAGUAAGUUCGAGCAGCAAAGACGGUCCUGAUAGAAGCCAUACGAGAAGACAGUUCACCGUGGUGGUAGGGUCCGAUGUGGCAGCAAUUUAUCUCACAACUCUGAACCUCAAGCUAAAGUGGGCAUCCGAAGGCUUUCGAAGUGCGGUCUCUUUUGAUUCUGGUGGGGAACUUCCAUCGGUGCACUCAUGGACCAUUGCGGCAAAUUCUGCCUUGACCAAAUUCAGAGCGCAUUCUCAUACUCUGAUGACCUGGAAAUUGCGUGCGCCGAAGAUGUAUGGUUCAGUGUGGCCCAGGCAAUCGACCGACUCUCAGGAAUCUAUACUGGUUGUUCAAGUUUGUGCAGCAUCGCGCAGGUAUCGCUUCCAGCUGAAAGAAGACGUCUCCAAGUUACUUGGUGUGAUAGACCGAGUCGUCCUUGAUGAAGCCGCUGCAGUCUAUGACCUACUUGAAAUGACAUCGAAAACGUCGAAUUCGGAGCUUAAGAAGACGUCACGACCCCUUGCUGCUUCCAUGGAGCUACGUACCGCCCUCUUCCUAGACGACUACCGAUUAACAUUUGCAAUCGUGCCUACUUUGCGCUAUACUAUUGCUGGUCACGUGGCCAGAACCUCCAUUCUGCCCCGGAAGCAUGGCAGCCUUGAAUUCAAUUUUGAUAUCAAAGAGCAUGAACACCUGUUUGAAGGACCAGAUGACGAUAGUAAGAGCAAGUCGUCAAUUUUGAAGAUGCCGCCCAUAAAUGGUCGAGUGUCUAUCGCGCAGACUAGUAGCAUCAUGUCGAUAGGAGCGCGAGUUACGAUUGAACAGAUCAACUUGGAAACAAGUGGCAUCCGAGCCUGUUUUGAAGCGCUAAAUCAGCCUGGUGUGAUCCAGCAGCUUUUGAAUACCAGGCGAGCUGUGCAAGACGUGCAGAACUCUGUGAAACACGUCACUGAUGGCAGGUCCAAACUCCAGAGAGCAGCCUCUACUGAAACAACCUUAUUACUCCGCUACGCGGUACAUGGAACCCUCGCAGGCAUCAAGGUGCAUAUGAGUGCUCCAACAGUUCGUGAAAACCAGACCUACCGAGCCGAUAUGGAGCUAAAGCUUGAAGCCACUACAUUGUUCGUUCACAAUCACACCAACCACCCUGACACUAUACAUGAACAGCCACAAUUCAUUAUGAACUCUCAGGGCGUAGGAAUAGGCAUCUAUCGAGCCACCGACCACGCCAAGAGCAAUGUUGGGAAGUGUACAGUGGGUAUCAAAGCGUCCGGGAAAACAGAACCAGCUGGCAAGAUAGGUAAAGUCCACGUGUACAGGGCUUGGAGUGAUGGCAUCGCUAUCGAACUCUAUGAAGAUACUGCUACAUUGGCAGUCGACAUUGCGGGGUUUAUUCACGAUAGAAUCAAGUCAAUUCAGCUUGCCGAGAGUCCAGAGAGCAUUCAACGACUACGGAAGAUGACGACAGCCGGGAUUACUGAUCGCCUGAAACCCAAGGAACAAAUCGAAGCAGCUUUAGAAGCUGUGUCAACCAACGAGUCCUUGUCCUCUACUCUAUACGAUUCGACUUACGCCGUGAACCUCGACAACAUCCAGGUCAGAUGGAACUUGACCAGAAGUUCCUUCCUCUCCCCAACGCGAGAGCUACAAGAUCUUGUCUUCUCCAUUCGCAAAGUUGAUUUACAGACACGACAAGAAGGAACAGCUCGGCUGUCGAUCUUGGACACACAGUUGCAAAUUGUUCCACAAUCCCAGUCCUCGCAACCGACACUACGUACCGCCAACUCGGCUCUCCUACCAGAAGUCGUUUUCGGUAGUGCAUAUCUAUCCACCAAGCAGGACCGACGGUUUGCGUUCCAAGCCAAAGGCAAAGCGGUGGACAUCCGCCUGGCAACUGACUUUGUAGUACCUGCACAUGCUCUCCAGAAGUCACUAGCUCAUGCGAGUAAAGAGCUUCGCAACUCAAAGACACUAUAUGAGACCAGCCUCCAGACUGCGCAAUCUGGGAAGAUCGAAACUUCAAGUGGGAAACAUCUAGCUUCUCUCCUGGUAGACGCGGACUUCGCUGGUGCUGUUGUACAUAUCAGCCCCUGGGCCGAGGUCCGACAUCGAGAUUCGGCCUUUAGUUUCCUCAAGGGGGGUAAACGGUCUCGAGCAGGUCGAUAUGGACAGGCUGUUCAGGGAGAAAACGCCUCCUCGGCACGAUUGCAGUCGCCUGGGGUCGCACUCAAGGUUGAGUACAAGGACAACGGCUCUGGUGACCCCUACCUCAGUACAGAAGUCAAGGUGGCGGCCUCCACAAACACUCUCUACCCUACAGUUGUGCCUCUAAUCCUAGAAAUUUCAUCCAGCAUCAAAGAGAUAAUGGACGAGAGCAAUAAUGACGGUUCCGGCACAAAGCCUGGUGAUAUCAGCACUCGUCUGUCGGAAGAGACUAUCAACAACGCCAAUCCGACCGCGAUUUUAGGUCGAUGCAAACUGAAUGCGGGCCUGUAUAUUCAACGACAAGAGUUCAGUCUCAGUUGCCAGCCAAUAGCCCGAGUUGCGGCCACUACGAGGUUCGCAGACAUCUUCAUCAGAAUAAACACAGUGUCAACACCUGAUCAAGGACGAUUUUUUGCCAUUCUGACCACAUUUAACAAACUCGAAACUUCUGUUCAGCAUGUUUACUCUCGAGAAUCCACAGCCAACUUCGAGGUCGAUUCUAUCGUUCUGUCACUCAUGAACAGUAAACAUGUCAGCGCUACUACUGGCAUUUCUGCUGUUCUGAACGUCAGUCCAAUGAAAACUGACAUCAAUGCAAAGCAGCUGCAAGAUUUCCUCUUGUUCCGUGAAAUAUGGUAUCCCGCAGAGCUGCGUGGUAGCUCCAAGCCAAGUGCCUCUGUCGCCACUGCGCAAGAUCAGCAUGUAUAUGCAAUGCAACGAUAUCAAGAGAUUUCAGCUAGGGGCACGUUGCCGUGGCAUGCGAUUGUCUCAAUGCAGGAGAUCAAGCUUGCCGUGGACUUCGGGCAAGGGCUGGGCAAGUCGGUUUUCACCAUAUCAAAGCUAUGGGCAUCAUCCAAGAAGAACAACGAUUCGGAACAAAACCUUUGCAUUGGCUUCGACAGAGUUGGUAUCGACAGCAGUGGAAAAAUGAGUGGGUUCGUAGAGCUAGACAACAUGCGACUUCGUACCUCGAUCAGAUGGCCUGAAGACUCAUCACGCAGGGUUCGAGCGCCACUUGUCCAAGCCUCAAUCAGCUUCGAGCAUUUCCGGGUCAAAGCCGCAUUCGAGUAUCAACCAUUUGCGGUCGCUGAUAUUUCGUUUUUCGAGUUUUUGAUGUACAACGUGCGCCAAGGUCAAGGAUUUGACAGUGACCGCCUGGUAGGCAUCGUUGAUGGUGGGAAAGUACAAGUAUUUGUCACCACCAGUACUGCAGCACAAGCCUUCGCACUGGUUGAAGCAUUCGAGAGAUUGAUCCAGGAGAAGCAGGAGGCGUACGAAACGUCCUUACAAGAUCUGGACAAGUUCCUCCGACGCAGAUCUAACUUCCCGUCUAGUAGCUGGACAGCUCCUACACCUGAUCCACAGCUCAAGGGGCAUCCUCCACCGAAACGGACAUUUGCACUGCAUACUGACGUGGUGGUGGGCCUGAGGGAAGUCGAUAUUGGUUGUUUCCCAAAUACUUUCUUUGACGACCGACUUCUGAAGGCCGAAGCGACAGAAGUUCAAGCAAGAUUUGCAGUGGCCACAACUGACGGCAAGACUCAUAGCGGGUUGGGUAUGACGCUCGGAGAAUUGCGAGUAGCCCUCUCCAGUGUAAAUCGCACAACGACCAAGGCAUUGAGCGAAGUGUCAGUGCCCGAUGUGAUUGACCGGGCAACGUCCUCGCGUGGUGGCACCAUCGUGAAAGUACCUAGAUUGGUAUCCUCGAUGGAGACAUGGCAAGUUCCUGACUCAAACACGAUCGAGUACAUUUUCCGCAGUACAUUCGAAGGGAAGGUGGACGUCGGUUGGAACUAUGCACGCAUCAGUUUCAUUAGGGACAUGUGGCAAACUCAUUCGCGAGCACUGGCUCAAAGACUCGGAAAACCACUCCCACCCUCAGCCAUCAAGGUUACGGCCGAGCCACAAGGCGAUGGCGAAGGCGGGCAGGAAAAGAUCACGGCUGUGGUGAAUGUGCCUCAAUCGAAAUUCACAUAUGUUGCGCUGGAGCCUCCGAUUAUUGAUACACCACAACUCAGGGACAUGGGUGAAGCCACUCCACCUCUUGAAUGGAUUGGGCUGCAUAGGGACAGAUUACCUGAGGCAACACAUAGUAUUGCCAUUGUAUCGCUCUCAGAAAUUGCACGGGAGGUGGAGGAUGCGUAUGCGAGGAUCUUGGGCGCAAGUUGA